AUGGACAGCUAUGUGUGGACAGCUGCAUCACGUUCAACUGAAGCAGCUGAGCUUACAGACAGCAUCCUGAACAUGAUUGUCACAGACAUGCGCCCGCUAUCUAUGGUGGAGGAUGAAGGUUUUCAGAGGAUGAUUUCCACUUUCAAUCCAAGAUACACUCUUCCUUCCAGAACCUAUUUCAUGAAAAUUAUGGAGAAAAAGUAUGAAGACAUCAAAGGCAAGUUGACGAACACUCUUAAGGAGACUGACAGCAUUGCACUUACAACUGACAUUUGGACGAGCGUUGCUACAGAAGCUUAUCUGGGGGUGACGUGUCAUUUUCUUGGGAAGGAUUGGGAAAUGGAGUCCUACAGCCUGACUACGAUACCCCUUGAAGAAAGGCACACAGCGGCAAAUAUUGCAGAGUGGCUUGAGGAUGUUAUUGUUAUAUUUGGCAUUCCAGCAAAGAAAGUCAAAGCUGUUGUCCAUGACAAUGGUGCUAAUGUUGUAGCAGCAAUGAAGAUUUUACAAGAAAAACAUGGAUGGGCAUCGGUGCGAUGUGCAGGUCACACCCUGAACUUAGUUGUGCAAAGCGCUCUGAAGAACCACCAAGCUAUCUCUAAGUGUGUGGCUUGUGUAAGAUGCCUUGUUGAGCAUUUUAAGAAGAGUGAGUUGGCAUGUACAAAACUAAAGGAGAAGCAACAGCAGAUGGGCACGCCACAACAUAUGCUGGUGCAUGAUGUAAGUACACGCUGGAAUAGCACUUAUCACAUGAUAGCAAGAUUGCUGGAACAAAGAUGGCCGGUGACUGCUGCUCUCUCAGACCCAGAAGUGACUCCAAGAGGAAAACACCACUACCUUGAUCUGAAGCCUGAACAGUGGAGCCUGAUUGAGGAGCUAACCCAGGCACUUGAGCCAUUUGAAGGAGCUACAGUAUUUCUGAGUGGGCAGAACUAUGUUACCCUCUCUGCACUUCCACAGCUAGUGCAGAACUUAAAGAAGUCCAUACAGAGUUUAGCUUUUGAGACUGCACCAUUAAUGUCAUACCAGGCUCAUGCAGUACAACAGAUAACAACAAGAUGGCAAGAACUGUCUACGUUUCAACCUGACUCGUCUUCAAACACUGCCCUAAUUGCCGCUGCUCUGGAUCCCAGAUUUAAGAAACUUAAAUUCUUGUCUGCAGAUGAGUCAUUCAAGGUCCAAAGCACAGUACAGACCAUGGCAAUUGUUGCCAAAAACGAAAUGACACGGUCCAGUGAACAUGAUGAAGCUUCUUCUAGAAGAGGACAAGAAGAUAACCCUGCUGCAGCAAAGCCCAAGGAUCAUGCAGCGAUAUCAUUCCUCCAGAACAUACUGGGAUCAUCAGAGUCCAGCUCCAGUGAUGAAGAGGAUAAAGAGCAGCAGUUAAGUCAAUCUGUGCAGAAGGAGGUCUUGAUGUACUUUGGAGAACAUCCCAUAUCCAAGAAAGAGAAUCCGUUGUCAUGGUGGAAAACAGAUGAAACACGCUAUCCAGUACUAGCAAAGCUGGCAAAGUCCUUUCUGUGUAUUCCAGCAACAUCCACGCCAUCAGAACGACUGUUUUCUGCAGCAGGAAACAUAGUAUCAAAGCGCAGGGCCAGCCUCAGUUCUGAGCAUGUGGAUAUGCUCACUUUUCUCCAUAGUAACCGCCAAAUGAUCCUUUAG